UCACUCCCGACGUAGGUGGAGUUAUAUGCCAACGGAGUCUGGUAGGGAUCAAAAUUACUAAAGGGGCGUUAGGCAUCGCGGGCAACGUUCCCGAGAUACUGCCUUUCCCUUAGGACCAGGCAGAGCCACGACUCCUAAGAUGCGCUUGGGCAAUGACGUAACGUGGCGUCGCCAGGGCCUAACUACGAGCGGUUCCAUGGUAACGGUGAGGAGAGUGGUUGGGAGCUGCAGUCAUUUUGCUGCUACCUCAGACUGCUGUAGUCCGAAGCUCAGACUGCUGUAGUCCGAAGGGAAGAGAAAGAGAGAGGAUAUAUAUCCUUGUCUUUGUAUAUUCAUAUCUUGGCUCUGACAGGGUGCAUUAAAGUGACUGACACUGGGGAGGAAAAUUGGGAACAAAGAUUGGCUGUUGACUAAUGUUCCUGUUGGCGAAAGUCCUACAAGAAUCCUUCUGGGCUCAAAGGGCAAAAGGAUUGAAGGUGGUGGUUUACCUGCCCUGAGGCAAUCCAUGGCUGUCCUGGUUUCAGCUGCGCACAUAUGAAUGCAGGCGGCCGCCUUUCUGAUGUGCAGUUUCUUGCACUGAUGAAGAAAAACUGCUGAAGUCAUGAGGCUGCUCCAAGCAGAGCCCUCAUGUGAGUCAUAUGAAAGCUCCAGCAUUGCUGACCUCUGGCAAAAAGGGAGUGAACAAGGACAAGAGAGGCAGAGGGAGAGAGGUUCAAGUGCCGGGUUUUCUCCUUGAACCUAGAAGAUUAUGGGCCAAGAGCUGUGUGCAAAGACUCUGCAGCCUGGAUGCAGCUGCCAUUGCUGUUGGGAGGGAGGAGAUGCACACAGCCGUCAGAGGAGUGCUCCGGUGAUGAUGGAGGCUGCGAUCAAGCUAACAGACCUAAAAGAAGCAUCAUGUUCCAUGACUUCAUUUCACCCCAGGGGACUUCAGGCUGUCCAUGCCCGGAAGUUCAAGAGUAAAAGGCCACGGAGUAACAGCGAUUCUUUUCAGGAAGAGGAUCUGAGUCGGGGGUUUCAGUGGAGGAAGAGCCUCCCCUUUGGGGCAGCCUCAUCUUACUUGAACUUGGAGAAGCUGGGUGAAGGUUCUUACGCUACAGUUUACAAGGGGAUUAGCCGGAUAAAUGGACAACUAGUGGCUUUAAAAGUCAUCAGCAUGAAUGCAGAGGAAGGAGUCCCAUUUACAGCCAUCCGGGAAGCUUCUCUCCUGAAGGGUUUGAAACAUGCCAAUAUUGUGCUGCUCCAUGACAUUAUCCACACCAAAGAGACACUGACAUUCGUUUUUGAAUACAUGCACACAGACCUGGCUCAGUAUAUGUCUCAGCAUCCAGGAGGGCUUCAUCCUCACAAUGUCAGGCUUUUCAUGUUUCAACUUUUGCGGGGCCUGGCGUACAUCCACCACCAACACGUCCUCCACAGGGACCUGAAACCUCAGAACUUACUCAUCAGUCACCUGGGAGAACUCAAAGUGGCUGAUUUUGGUCUUGCUCGGGCCAAGUCCAUUCCCAGCCAGACAUACUCUUCAGAAGUUGUGACUCUCUGGUACCGCCCUCCUGAUGCCUUGCUGGGAGCCACUGAAUAUUCCUCUGAACUGGACAUAUGGGGUGCAGGCUGCAUCUUUAUUGAAAUGUUCCAGGGUCAACCCUUGUUUCCUGGGGUUUCCAACAUCCUUGAACAGCUGGAGAAGAUCUGGGAGGUGCUGGGAGUCCCUACAGAGGAUAACUGGCCUGGAGUUUCCAAGCUACCUAACUACAAUCCAGAAUGGUUCCCACUGCCUAAGCCUCAGAGCCUUCAGAAUGUCUGCAACCGGUAAGACAGGGCUCCGGAAGCUGAAGACCUGGCCUCCCAAAUGCUGAAAGGCUUUCCAAGAGACCGUGUCUCCGCCCAGGAAGCACUGGUUCACAAUUAUUUCAGGCCCCUGCCUGCUCAGCUGCACCAACUUCCUGAUGUGGAGUCUUUAUUUACAGUUUCAGGAGUGAGGCUAAAGCCAGAAAUGUGUGACCUUUUGGCCUCCUACCGGAAAGGUCACCACCUAGCUGGGUUUAGCAAAUGCUGGUGAAAAGAAAGGGCGAGAUCACCAAGAUUUUCCAGGACUACCUGUAUUGCUGUUUCCGUUUUAAUUUGCUUCCACUUACUAAGAAGCUUCAAAUCUAACUCCACACUGGACCAAGGGUUUUAUACCACCACCUGUGAUGUGGAAUAUUUUAAAUAUGAUGUCCAAGGCAACAGUGCAUAAUACUUGAGGAAAAAGCAAUGAAAGGUUAUUGAUGCUGUCAUUUGCCUAGAAUUUAACAGUGAUUGGCUCAAAAAUUAGACAUAGAUUGAAAUCAUCUGAGAAGAGAACUUCUGAAUAAUUUCAUUCAUUUCGUUAUUUGAUAGAGUGAUCCUUGGGCCAGAAGGAGAACAGGACAGACGGGAGACAACAAUUGAAAGACUUUGGAGACAGAGCUGGUGCUUGCAGAGGCCUGUCACUCCUGUGGUCACUUACAAUUUCCCGCAACAAAAGGACUUCUGUGGCAAGGAGAGGAUUAGUCUAAAGUUUAGAAAAGUCUACAGGGAAGGUGGUUUCUUGGAUAAAGUUGUCAACGAAAGGAGUCUUGCUUAAGACUCUUUGUUAUGAUUUCCUAGGGGGCGCUUCUUCCUUCACUAACUGGAUUGUCAAAACACAUUACCACCCCAUCCCAGCCAGAUUUUGGGAGUUUGGAUUGAGCUGCUGGUUAGAAUUAAAUUUCAGGCUGUCUCCUUCUACUGAAUCCUAAUUGUCUGUGAUGACAGCAAAAGUGAUGAGUAAUCUCAGCUCUGACUUGAUGGCAGAGAUACUGAAUAGAUAGAUAAGAGCAAAGAGUUCCAAAGUUGUAAUUCAAGUCCUGUUGCACCAUGAGAUACACAUGCUUGUGUGCACACACAUAAGCCUCAAAUAAAAUGAGAGAUCUGUCUCGGCUAACAUGUAUUUCAUUUUCUACAAUGGGU